CACUUCACAGGUCUUUAGACGCGUCCGAAUUUUGGCGUCACACAGAUUAAAAGAUCGCCGGCACUUGUCUCCUUUGUUCCAGCGUCAGCGUUCUUGGGAUGUCAACAACUCUAGGCUGCCGGUUUUUCCCACCAGGUCUCGCGAGUGUCUUAAAUGGGCUCUGAAAGGGAAAAAUUUGAACACUCGGACACGCCGGGUUUGGACUCUUGCGCAUGUGCAGUGACCCCAAGGCGCGGAGGGCAAACCCUGAGUCGAGUCCCGCCGGUGUAGUGCUCUCCCGGAGCAGUGUCCCUGCGUGGCAUCUUCAGAAUGUCUGCCCCGUUUGAGGAGCGCAGCGGGGUAGUUCCCUGCGCGACUCCGUGGGGACAGUGGUACCAGACCCUGGAGGAGGUGUUUAUUGAAGUCCAGGUGCCCCCGGGCACUCGCGCGCAGGACAUCCAGUGUGGCCUGCAGAGUCGGCACGUGGCUCUGGCCGUGGGUGGCCGCGAGAUCCUCAAGGUAGCAAGCCAGGGCUUGUCCCGAGUUCCUUCUUCUGGCUUCCCCGCACCCUGAGUCCUAAAAUUCACGGUGUCAGAGGGAUGACUGCUGGGUGUGGCAAGGGGAAAUUGUUUGACUCUACAAUUGCUGAUGAAGGAACAUGGACUUUGGAGGAUAGAAAGAUGGUCCGCAUCGUCCUGACAAAAACCAAGAGAGAUGCUGCAAACUGUUGGACUUCCCUUCUAGAAUCUGAAUAUGCAGCCGACCCCUGGGUGCAAGACCAAAUGCAGAGGAAACUUACGUUAGAGCGAUUCCAGAAAGAGAAUCCUGGGUUUGACUUUAGUGGAGCAGAAAUCUCAGGGAACUACACAAAAGGUGGACCAGAUUUCUCAAACCUUGAGAAAUGACUGCUGUUGAGUAGUUUCUGUCUGUCUGUCUGUCCGUGGAUCCUGGCAGGUGCUGGCAACUUAAUGCAGCUGAUGAUGUGACGGACGAGACACCCAAUGUCUACAGUAAAAAGAUUGCAAAGUGUAUUUCAGUAUGCUUGUGAAAGAUUACAUUCAGAUACGAUUUGCGUAGGACAUAGAGCAGCUCUGCUGUGGAUAGAUGGUAACUUUUAUUGCUCUGCAUUAAGUUUUAUAUGCUACAUUUUCCUAAUUUCAUAUUUAAUUGUAUUUUUACUACAAAAACAUUGGAGUACAAAUCAUAUGAAAUGAAAAGGUGCCUUCAUGGAAAAAUAUUUUUUUGUGUGUGUGUGAUGCAAAAAUAAUGUUCAGUAAAUUUCUGAGUAAGAAUUGUGUACCCCUUUGUCUAGAUAUGCUUGUCUGUACACAGAAAGUACAGAACUGAAAAUUUUUUUAAGAAAGGAAAAAAGUACACUGAAAUCCUUUGGAUAACUUGAGUUAGUAAAAAAUUCUAACUGGUUUGGUGCUGCCUAAGUGAUUAUGUCAAGAAAUUGAAAACUGAUAAAACCCUAACAACAUAAGAGAAGUUAAUUGCCUCUUACUGUCAAAAAACAAUUUAGGCCCCUGAGUGUAGGCCACAGGCUUCAUUUAAUUUCAGUGAUUCAGAUAAAGUGGUCUGGAAAAAAAAUUCUUUCAUUUUCUUUGUGUUUUUUAAAUCUUGAAAAAAAUCGAAAUGUGUAAAAAGCUUACAAGUCAAAUAUUAACAGAUUGAAAUCUUACACUUUUUCUAAUAAAUUGACAUGUUGUCACCUCAA